GCAUACUGUACUACGCUGGAAUGUUCCAUUCCAUAAAAGCUACAAAAGCAGGUUUUCAAAAGGCGCACAAAUAAUUUUGACUUUGAGUAAAUAUUGAAAUCAUGGAGUAUAUUUUCAGACUUUAGAGCAUAUGUUUACAGCAAUCAGCAGAUACAUUAAUUAACGUGGCAUACCCCUUUGGCCCUGACCGGAAGUAGAAUCGUCCUUUACCUAACACGGUACGACUUGUGUUGCAGUACAGAGGUUCCCUCAACAUCUAGGAAACUCAAGCUAGAAAUAUACUAUUUCUGGCUUGAAUUUCGAAAAAUCGAAGGGUCCAUUAAUAAUUUCAAACGUAUUACAUGAACUGGAGGUUUUAAUCAGUACGAAUAGCGCAUGAUUUUGUCUUGAUUUAGUGUUUCGUGGAUAAUAUUUUUCUCGGGGUGACAACAUGGAAGAUGCACACACUAGAACGGUUGAAGAAGUGUUUGAACAUUUUAAGGUUGAUGAGGACUCUGGAUUAAGUGAUGAUCAAACAAAGAGAGGACUUGAGAAAUAUGGACCAAAUGCUUUACCAGCGGAAGAGGGUAAACCUCUGUGGGAGCUGAUAUUGGAACAGUUUGAUGAUCUCCUAGUCAAAAUUCUUCUUUUGGCUGCCAUUAUCUCCUUUGUUUUAGCCUGGUUUGAAGAAAGUGAAGAUCAAGUCACAGCAUUUGUAGAACCAUUUGUAAUCCUGACAAUUCUUAUAUGUAAUGCCGUCGUAGGAGUUUGGCAGGAAAGAAAUGCUGAAAGUGCUAUUGAAGCCCUAAAGGAAUAUGAACCAGAGAUUGCAAAGGUGAUCAGGAAAAGUGGUAGAGGAGUUCAAAGAAUCAAGGCAAUUAACCUAAUACCGGGAGAUAUCUGUGAAAUCUCAGUUGGAGAUAAAGUACCAGCCGACAUAAGGAUUUCCACCAUCCAUUCCACUACACUGCGUGUAGAUCAAUCUAUUCUAACGGGUGAAAGUGUGAGCGUUAUUAAACACACUGACCCAAUUCCCGAUGUUCGAGCUGUGAACCAGGACAAGAAAAACAUACUCUUUUCUGGAACAAAUAUAUCAGCAGGAAAAUGCAGGGGUAUUGUCAUAGGAACGGGAUUGAACACAGAAAUUGGAAAGAUCCGGGAUGAAAUGAUGGAAACUGAGACAGAGAAGACCCCACUCCAACAGAAACUGGACGAGUUCAGUCAGCAGCUCUCUAAGGUGAUUACAGUUAUAUGUGUUGCUGUGUGGGCCAUUAACAUUGGGCAUUUCAACGACCCUGCCCACGGAGGAUCAUGGAUCAAGGGCGCUAUCUAUUACUUCAAGAUUGCUGUGGCUUUGGCGGUGGCAGCCAUUCCUGAGGGUCUGCCUGCUGUCAUUACCACCUGCCUGGCUCUGGGAACCCGCAGAAUGGCCAAGAAGAACGCAAUCGUCAGAAGUCUGCCCUCCGUGGAGACCCUGGGUUGUACCUCCAUUAUCUGCUCCGACAAGACUGGAACCCUGACCACUAAUCAAAUGUCUGUCUGCAGGAUGUUUCUGUUUAAUAAGAUUGAGGGCAAUGACAUCAAAACCGAUCAGUUUGAGAUUACCGGCUCUACCUAUUCACCAGAUGGCGACCUGUACAUCGGCAGUAAGAAAGUGAAGGCUUCAGAGUUUGCAGGUUUAGAGGAACUUGCCACAAUCUGUGUUAUGUGUAACGAUUCUAGUGUGGAUUUUAACGAGGCUAAGGAUAUCUAUGAGAAGGUUGGAGAAGCUACAGAGACUGCUCUGAUUGUCCUGGCAGAGAAGAUGAACUACUACAACACUGACAAAAGCAACCUAAACAAACGCGAGAAGGGAACGGCGGCCGCCCAUGUCAUCCAGCAGAUGUGGAAGAAGGAGUUCACCCUAGAGUUUUCCCGUGACAGGAAGUCCAUGAGUGUGUACUGCUCCCCUAACAAACCCUCCAAAACUGGAGGGGCCAAAAUGUUCUGUAAGGGUGCUCCAGAAGGACUGUUGGACAGAUGUACCCACGCUCGGGUUCAAGGAAGCAAAAUCCCAAUGUCACCAGCCAUCAAGAAUGAAAUCAUGAAGCAUGUCAAGUCCUAUGGAACUGGUCGUGACACUUUGAGGUGUCUUGCCGUAGCCACCAUUGACAACCCACCGAGGAGAGAGGAUAUGGACCUGGAAGACUCCAGAAAAUUCAUCCAGUAUGAGACUAACAUGACCUUCGUUGGAGUAGUUGGAAUGUUGGAUCCGCCACGUAAAGAAGUAAUGUCUUCGAUCAAAGAGUGUAGAGAUGCCGGCAUUAGAGUUAUCGUCAUCACUGGAGAUAACAAGGCUACUGCUGAAGCUAUCUGCAGAAGAAUUGGUGUAUUUGGAGAAAAUGAAUCGACUGAAGGACUGUCCUACACUGGGCGUGAAUUUGACGACUUGUCCUCCGAGGAACAGAGAGCAGCGUGCAUGAGGGCUAGACUGUUUGCCAGAGUGGAACCCACACAUAAGAGCAAGAUUGUGGAACAUCUGCAAGCUGAAGGAGAAGUUUCUGCUAUGACUGGUGAUGGUGUAAAUGAUGCUCCCGCCCUGAAGAAAGCUGAGAUUGGUAUUGCUAUGGGAUCUGGAACUGCUGUGGCCAAAUCUGCCUCAGAAAUGGUGUUGGCAGACGACAACUUUUCUACCAUUGUGGCCGCAGUAGAGGAGGGACGUGCUAUCUACAACAACAUGAAACAGUUCAUUCGAUACCUCAUCUCAUCCAACAUUGGAGAAGUUGUCUGUAUUUUCUUGACUGCUGCUCUGGGAAUCCCCGAGGCUCUGAUCCCUGUACAGCUGUUGUGGGUUAACCUGGUCACAGAUGGUUUCCCAGCAACUGCUCUUGGAUUUAACCCACCUGACCUUGACAUCAUGAAAAAACCACCCCGAAACUCCAAGGAAGGUCUGAUCACUGGUUGGCUUUUCUUCAGAUACAUGGCUAUUGGAAUUUAUGUUGGCUGUGCUACGGUUGGUGCUGCCGCCUGGUGGUUCAUGGUGUAUGACCAAGGUCCACAACUCAACUACUACCAGCUUACCCACCACUCUCAGUGUCUGGCUCAGGAUGAAAUGUUUAAAGGGGUGGAUUGCGAAAUCUUUGACAGCCCUCAUCCCAUGACCAUGGCUCUCUCUGUCCUUGUCGUCAUAGAGAUGCUAAAUGCCCUAAACAGCUUGAGUGAGAACCAGUCACUCCUUGUGAUGCCUCCCUGGUCAAACAAAUGGCUGAUUGCUGCCAUCGCGCUCUCCAUGGGACUGCACUUCUUCAUCCUCUAUGUAGACUUUAUGGCUACCAUUUUCCAGAUCACCCCUCUGAACGUGGCUGAGUGGAUUGCUGUUUUGAAGAUCUCUAUCCCCGUUAUAAUAUUGGAUGAAACUCUCAAGUUUAUCGCCCGCAAAUUUACUGACGGUAAUUCCUCCGUUGUUCUAGAAUUGUCAAUCCUGGUGGGAGUAUGGGCAGCCUAUUUGGGAAUGAUGUUCAUUUUCUUUCAUUGAUGACAGAGAGACCUAAGUGUUGUAUCUUACCUCCCCUUUUUACUCCCAUUAACAGAUCUUUUAACAUGUGAUAACAUUCAUCAUUACGUAGGAAACUUCCACCGAAAUGUCACAUGUAGGGAAGAAGGGCUUGUUACAGGCCGCUGUUCUCUGUGUAGGCCAUUACACUAGUGAUGAUUGUAUUGUGGGAGUGUAACAUGCUCCAUGGACUUGGAUAGUCUUGAAAAACUUUUCAUUUUAUGCAGUAAUUAUUUAAUCAUUAUAUAUUCUAAAUUAUAGAUUUUAUGCUCUUCUCUAAGAAUGACGUGAUUUUAUCCGACUUCCCUCAUGGGUUUAGAUUCUAAGAUGACCUAUUCUUAUUUUGGGAGUGAAAUGGGACACUAUUUUAGGUAUUUGGAUGUGUGAUGUCUUUUGUAAUGCAGAGUUCAACAUAAAUCCAAGCUUAGAUAUAUAUCAGAUAAAAACAGGAUCAUUUAUAACCAUAGCAAGAAAAGUGAAGUCCAUUUAUGAAUGAUCUGUUACUUUUUACUAUGUCUUUGUGAAGUACUUUGUUGAUAUUUGAGAAUGGAGUGAAGUGUGUAGUAUUGUGCAUGCAUUCAUUUUGUGUGAUCCAUCUUUUUCUAUCAUCCCUGGAACUCCCAGAAACUGAACUAACUCGCUGUUGAACAAAAAAAAAUUGUCUUGGCUGAAAAUAUUUUUUGAAUUAUCUUUUGAGAUAUAUCAAUAUUGAGUUCUGCCUAUCGUCUUGACAUUGGCAUAUAACAAUAUUUCAUCAUUUUCAUUCCCCACUGUGAAUUUCCCCGAAAGUAUAAUUUAGACGUGUAAUGGGUAGAUUUUGAGACUGCAUGCCUCUAUUGCACCUCCGGCUAUCCGCCUGUAAUGGUCACUGUUAAGUCGUAGUGUCCACUUCAUUGUUAGCUGUAGUGUCCAGUAGACUAAGCUUGGGUUUCUGUGUACCUGCACCCUACAUGGAGAUUUAUCCUUUAGGAUUAAUGUUCAUCCGUCUCCACACUGUAUGUUUACUAGACCCAUUUCACUCAUUUCAUUUUUUGUAAUGGGUAUGUUAUGCAUUGCACUGCAUUGGUCUGUGUAUACUUUGAAUGACAAAUUGAACAUUGAUUAAUACAAAUUUUCGCUUGAUGAAAUAUCAUGUUUAUUAUGAAUUUUCAGUUUCUUGUCACUUGUAAAGAAAAAACCACAAAGAUAACAAGCUUUUAACUCUUAAUCAACAAUAUUUGUAACACCACACUGAAUAAUAUUGUACUUCAAAGGCAAUGCAUAUGUAUUGAAGUAAUGGAGUUUGUUUUUAGCGUAACAACCCAAGUUUUGUUCCUUUCCUCCAUUUGUGAAUUACAUUUCAUACUUUAACACACAACUGUCACUGGAAUGGGGGCAAGACUGAGGAUGGGCAUGUAUCUUUUUUCUCUUUCUCUUUUUUCAAACUGGUGAUGUGCUUAUAUUGAAACAUUUUCUUUAAAGAAACGUGAAUUUCAAACUUCUGUAUCCCAAUUUAACCUCAUUUUGUGGUGAAGGUUUUCUUCAAUCCUUUUUCCUUUUGCAUGUGAUAGUUGUGUGUUAAAGUCAGCUCUCAUUAAUAGUCAAGCAGGACAAAUGUGUAUUAUUUUGUGACUGACAAAACAGUACAUUUUUCAGUGGAUGGUUAACAACCAAUUGAAAGUAGGUAAAAAUAGAAGAUCAGUAAUUAUCUGUAUAUCUACCUACUGUAAUCAAAGCAUGCAGCAAACUCUCUGAUUGAGAGAUCUAGCUAGAGGAGAACAAAAUUAAAAUAAUUCUAGAACUGUUGAUUUCCUCUAUGCAUAGCAGUGAGAGGUCUUUCCUUGUCUAACCAGUGCUGAAGAAUCAACCAUCUCUUGGCAGUGCACAAAACUAAGCUAUUUGUAACUCGACUCUGCUAUCUAAAAUUCUCACUGAAAUCCAUUGUAGCUAUUCAUAGUAGAAAGCCUUUGAGCAUUUUAAAGCUGUCAUGCCGUGCAAAGGGCCGAGGGAUGGUGCAAGUCUGUCAGCAGAGCCUGUGCUCUCAAUGGUCAAUAUCACCACUUAUCAUCUUGUUUGAAAUGGACAAUAUUAUGAUAUAUUUAUUGACAAAUUCUCAGAGGAAGGUGUGUCAUUCCAUAUGUAUUGAUGCUGUAAGAUUUUUUUAUGUCUGCUAAGAGACUUGAUUUGAUUAAGUAAUCUUGUAAAAAGAAACAUGAGUUUUAUUAAACAUUACAAAAACCUUGGCAUGGUGUGUGUGUGUUUGGCAUUAUUUCCAGAAGAAGGAUCUUUUCCUGAUUUUCUGUGGCACUUUCUUCUAGCUUGUAUUAAGGCAUGUUUCCGCUUACGGUAUAUAAGCUUGGCUUAUACUGUAGAGGUCAUGACAAAAAACUAUUCAUUGAUCCAAUAAAUAUUCAUAUUAAACCUAUACAUAAUAAAUCUAUAUUCCUAUUCACAUUUAUGAUGUAUACUAGUAGUAUUAAUCACUGUAACACAGUAACAAGGUAUCUGGCGAGUUUCAGGAACAUUUUACAAUCUUCAUUAUGAAAUAAUGGCAUGGUUUCAUUCUGAAUGGUUGCCUCGAAGAAUCUUGCGCUGAAUGGUGUCUGAUAUAAUGUUGAAUGGAAUGAUAUUUUGUAUGGUAUUGAUUGGAAUGAUAACCAAUAUUUACAACAUUAUGUUAAAAGAGGUCCAUUAAUUCAAAACAAUUGGUGUUGAUAAGUAUUGUGUAACUGACAUGACAAGUAGAAUCCAUAUAUAUAUAGAGAGAGAGAGAGAGAGAAAGAGAGGUUUUGAAGGAAGGAGGGGGUGUCAUCAGAUAAACUUUUGGGGAUCUUUCUGGAUAAUUUUGCGGAAGUUUAAUUUGUUGUACUUUCCUUUCGGCAUCCAUAAUUAAAUGAGGAAUAAAGGUAAAUUAUAUUGGUAUAAGAGCCCAACAUACACAUUGGAUAAUGCUGUGUUUUAUUUAAGCACUCUCACUUUAUCAUACAUGUUUUUACAUUGAUAGCAUGUUCGUGGCAUGGAACAUGUUACUAACUCUUGCAAUAAGAAUUUUAUAACUUCACAAAGUUUGAUUAAUUUCACUGUUUCAUUGAGAUUUUAUCUUCUUAAUGCUGCAGCUGGUUGCAAUGAUCUCUAGAUGGUAAACUUUGAUUAAUUAUAAAUGUUCCAAAUAUUGUUGUUGUCAACUUUUUACACAUUUUUAAAAAUAAUGUUCUCGGUAUGUCUCGUAUCUGUGGUUCAAAUUUUUCCUGACGUGGAAUAUUUUAUUUCGAAUUUGCCAAAUAACGUUUGUUGAAAGAAAAACCGAAAUUUAUUUCGUUUAAAAAAGGAAGACACGUGCAUUGUAUUACUAAAGGUGUUAAAUGGUAUCGGAUAUGAUAAUGAAAUAGGUAAAUUAUUGCAUGAAAUUAACGAAAUGUUAUGUUUAUUUAACAGUUAUAAACACUACUUGCAUGUUUUUAAAUUUGUAUAACAACUCAGAGCGACGAAUUUGAUUGAUCGUUAUUCAACCACGGCAUCCACUGACCUUAUUGGUUAGUUUCCUCACCAAUCACAACCAGGCCUGCACUGAUCACCAAAUUUGAUUGGCUAGAAUUGCUUUCAAGGCCGAUUUUUAUUGGUUAUCUCUAGCAUGAAUGUUUUGUGUGUCUUGUUUGCUUGAAAAUGUGAUUUUUGUGUAAAUUAAUGCAAUUACUUUGAGAUAACCAAGAUAAAAUUGAAUUUUGAAUAUUAUGGUCCUAUUUUCAGACUACCCAAAUUUCUUCUGAACUCGUUUCCCCAUCUGCGGCUUACAGUAUGACGGAGCCUUUUAAUGCGGGAAAUGUGUACCUAUCUGGACGCUUUUAGACAUCUUUAGAGUGUUCCGUCCAAUAUUACUCAAUUUUAGUCUGGUAUCAUGCUACGGCGCACAAGCUCUCCAGACAUGUAGGGCAUAAACGUUUCAUUUGCACGUUAGCAGACUACAGUUGAUAAUCAGUGGAUGACGUCAAAAAUUAAACAUGGCGGAUAUAUACAGUUUUGUGUUAUAUAGCGACUGUUCAUAGUAGAAUGACUGUAAAUUUCAGUUGUAAAUGUAUAAUUAUUGUUAUUUAUUUAUAAUUAUAUGGCAUUAUUUUAUCUGCUUGAUAUAGUUUUAGUCAACAAUUUGUAGUCGUGUACGUUUUAUACAUUUUAAACUAGUGUGCUCAAAUGGUACAAUAGCAUUUCGAGUAGGUGCUUGCCAAUAUCUUCUUAUGGAGAAAGCCUUGCAGGUGUAUGUAUAUAUACACAGAUGUAGGUAUUGCAUGAGGGAUAAAGUGCUGUUUGCGCAUAUCAUGUGACGUGUUCUGGAAACUCGGUGCACCGUUGACUGCAGAAUGUGCAAUGUGAAGCUCGAUUGUAGUACAGUACUUUUGUGUUCGCUUGUAUUUGUCGGAAAUUUAUAACAUUUUACGACGCAAUUUUACAGUCCAAAACUUGGAACUCGACCCGUACAAGAAAUAUAGGUAAAGGAAACAUCACGUGGAGGGUGACAACAUCCGGGUUUCCACAGAAAAUCCGCCAUGUUUCAUAGUUAUUACGUAAAGAGCUAUCUUCCUCCCCUCCUUGGAAUGAAACUCCUGGUGGCGUUGAUGUGAAACAUUUGGGAAGAACUAAUUUCUGUAGAUGUGACAAUCAUUUAAUACCAGGAAAAGAUUUUAAAAACUUAACCCAAGAACCUUUUUCUUCCAUUUCAACGAAGGCGUGUGACUCGUGUGAUUUUGUAGUUUAGACUUCAAAUUGACAUAUUUUAUGCAAAAUUGUUUUUUAUCAUUGGAUGAAUGACACGACAGGUCAAUUGUCAAUGUGAGAAAACUUGUAACAUUUAGAAGUUGUUUUCUUUGUCAACAUGUAUGGACUGUUGACAAACGAAGUGACUCCUCAUUGUGUGAAUGGUGUUAGUUGUUAUGACAUUUUAUAUUUUUCUUUGAAUACCUGUUUUUUCUCUCCUCUCUCAAAACAACUGGUAACUAAUGAACUCGAUGUAAUUUUCAAGGCCCAAAUGACAACCGAGUUGGUUGUUUUGAGAGACACCCUGUUGCGGAUUUAUGUGGUCAAAGUCUACAAAUCUCAACAACAUGUUGGUGUUUUGGCUAUCUUGUAUACUAACAGAAAUUUUCUCGUAUAUUAGUAGUAACAUUCCAGAAAGUUUAGACAGAGCUUUGUGAAAGGUUUAGAAAUGAAAGAUUUUUAUUGAGAGACUUCAGGCAGUUUGACACAAUGAAAUUCAAACAGUAAAAGGGAGUCGAGCUUUGGUCCCAGAGUUAAUUUCAAAAGUGCUGUAAACACCACUAAAUCCCUGUUUGAUCCAACCCCCAUUACCUCAAGCGAUGCCAUGUUUAGCCCCUGUCGUCAUUGAUCACGUGUUAUAUCAUGUGAUCGCUGUGUCACCCUGAUGGAGAGUGAGCUAUUCUAAAGAGUCGGACGUAUAUUGUAGUUUAUUAUUGUUGUUUGACUGAUGUAAUUGACUCCUUGAAAUGGCAGCAUUUCCCAAGAACUGCCAGUUUCCCGUAGAAAUAAAUUUACUAUUUUGUUUGUA